AUGAAGCGCAAAAUUGGAGUUUUCCAGCCAAAGUCAUGGCUUAUAUCUUACUUGAACCUAUGUCUCUUUGUUCAUAGCGCUAAACCAGCUCUGACACCUCAUAAAUACAUGCCAAUCUCAUCACCAAGUAAAAUUGUAGGAAAAUCGUCUUUGUCUCCAACAAGACAUACUAGUAGUAGUACAUACAUGAAUUAUAACCUUGAACGGAAAAUUCCUACUUCACCUGAUCAAGUUGCUUGUACUCGGUCUUGGUAUUCUUCUGAAAGAUCUAGGACCUCCUCAGGUGGUUCGAGUUCUGAUCAUACUUCUCUUACAUUUGAUGAUCAUGAAAAACUUGACGCAAUGCAACUUCAUACACCAUCUCCUGAGUUUCAAGAAUGGGAUCACUCUAUCAACCUUUCUGAUCCAUUGAAGAGUAAAGCUCUGAAAUCUAAACAAGAUGAUUUACCAGGACCUAAAGACAUACAAGCUAGAAUUACUUUAUUAACACAAACAGCUCAUCAUAUUGAAGGUCUAUUGAAAUCAGUUGAAGAAGAGCAUAUCACAAUAAAAAAAGCAGAAGAAUUGAGAAAUGAAAUAGUUUCUUAUCAAAUCAUCUUACAAUCUAGCUUAUAUGAACUGUCACACUUUCAGAACAAAAUUCAUUCUUACAUGACUGAACUACUGAAAUCACAAGCUGAUUUUGAAGAUUCUCUAGCUAGUAAAACAAACCUUGUUCCUGGAUUUGUAGAGGGUCUUGGAAGACUUGAGACUCAACUCAAACAAUCCUCAAUGAUGAGAUACAUUGCAACUCAGAGGGGAGAAAGUGGAUGGGUUAAAUCUUGGCUAGAAGAUUUGGGGAACCAAGAUCAACCCAAAAUCAUCUCCCUGCAAUCCUUGAACAAAUUAUCACAAGAACACUUUUUACCCAAGUUCUCUCUAUUCAGUAAUCAAGCAUUUGUGGUAUCAAUUUAUGAGGAGUUACUCUCAGGUUUUGAGUUAUCUUUUGCUGAAGAAAAAUUGAUUGAAAACUUUAAAAAUAAAGCUUCAUUAUCUACAUCUGAUUAUGAAUUGUUCAAUGAAUGUGUGAUCAGGUUUUUGAUCCAUCAGCUUUCACACAAUGAGCUUCAAAGGAAGAUAGAUGUUUGGUCAAAGUUGAUAUCCAAGAUUGAAUUAAGCAUAGAUGAAGAAAUGACAAUGUACAUAUUAGAAAAGACACAUUUAACUCAACCAAUAAGCUUGACUCAAAAUCAAAAUUUACAAAGUCUAAAGGUUAGAAAAGCCAUAUUUGCUCUCAUGAAAAGAUAUCUAAAGGCUUUAGAAGAUAUUGAUCACAGGCUUGAUUAUGUAAGACAAUUAUCAAAAGACGAGCAAGAAUUUUUGAAAAAGCAUUUUGAGAUUGAAUUGAUAGCUAUGAGAAAAAUGUUAGAGUCUUUUGAAAUGUGGGAUCAGUCACCUACUGAAUUACAAGCAGAAAUGAGGUUUCAACCUCAAGCGCGCCAACAUCAAAUUCAAAUUGGAAUUCAUUCAGAUCUUAACACUGACUUAAGUGUAGCUAGAGAUUUCAUCAAACACAUAGAAUCAGAUCUUUCAAAAUUAAAACCAAAAAUCAAAAUGCAACUCUUUGCACCAUUUCUAUCAGAGAUUAGAUCUGCUAGUUAUAUUAUGAGUUCAUUAGACAAACCCCAUCUACCAUUAACUGUGAUACAAAUCAUGAAAGCUAAGGGAGUCAAAGAGAUAAAUGAACUCUUUUCAUACAUGGUGAUUAACAAACAACUUCAGGUUCUAGAAGAAAAGUUGAGAUUGAUUGGGACUGAUGAUCAUAACAAUUGUAAGCCUGAAGAGAGAGUGAUGCUCAUGAUUCAAGAGUUGAAUGACCUAGAAAAGAAGCGGUUGAUUGCACUUCAACCUGAUGAAAGAGGGCAAGCUAUGUUAGAAUUGAUAAAGAGAUGUGAUAUAAAGCCCAUAAGUAGCAAUGAAGAUAGCCUUUUAGAAAAGUUGAAAGCAAGGGAUAUUCUUGAGGGGGAUGAGGUACACCAUCUAUCAAUUUUAGCCGAUCAAUAUCAGAAGGCCAUCAUAAGUACUAUUUCUGAGAAUGAUCUGGCCCUCUCACACUUCUUGUGGUUAGAGGACAAGGGUACACUGUCUGAAACACAUGAAUUACAAGAUUUAUUUUUAAGGGAUCCAUUUUUGGCCCAAGAGGUCAAAUUCACACUUCAAAGAAUUGCAUUCUCACCAAUGGAAAAAUUAAUUCUUUUUAGGAUCACUGAAAAAUAUAUGGAAGAAAGUUUAGAAAAUAUUGUUUUGAAUGAACUUCAAAACAAGUUGGUCAUCACAGGAAGUCUUUCACACUAUGAGAACAAGAUCAAAAAUCAACUUGAAAUGCCAAAUUGGAGACAGGAGCGUGAUAGUGAUGAUAAAUUCAAAGUUAUGAACCAGAUAUACAGAGAUCAUCUUCAUUCUAAGGCCAUCAACAAAGAUGAGAAUACUCUCUAUCUGAGGAUAAUACAAGGUGGAAGAAUUUCAAAUAAGAUGGAUAAAAUGGAUUUGGGUUUUGGUGAAAUGGAUGAGUUGAAAGCACUACAAUUCAAAAUUCAAAACAAUAUUGAUAAUCAAAUAUCAGAGAGACAGAUCAAAACCAUCCUCAAAAAAGUGAAGCAGAGGUCAGAUGUGAUCCAAGAUCUACAGGUUUUGAGACAUAAACUCUCGUUCAAUAGAAUCAAAAUGAAGGAAUUAGCAUUGAAUUUUGACAAACUCAUGAGAGAGUUUCAGUCACAUAAAGAAGCAGAGGAAUCUAGGAUCUCAUACCUCUACAAAAAAUACUUGAGAGCAAAGAACAGGUUUUCAAUGGAAUCUUCAAAAAAUGGAUCUAUCUCUCUACUUUCAUUUUCUUGUCAUCUCCAAACCUAA